AUGCAAAAAGGCAUUGCUGCACUGUAUAUGUCACUAGAUCUAGUACUUGUUGAAUCUGAAUCUGUGGAGGGUAAUGUGGGGGCAGAUUAUGAAGUACAAUUAGAUAGUGAUGUGGAGUUGGAAGGCAAUGAGAAUGAUGAGCUUUCAACUGAGUGUAAUGAAUUCAGGCAGUUUGUAGAAGAUGCCAACAAACCCUUAUACCCUGGUUGCAAUAGGCACACAAAGAUGAAUGUGUUGGUUAGGCUUUACAACUUGAAAGCGAAGCAUGGUAUGAGUGAUGCAGCAUACUCCGACUGGUUGAUUGCCUUUGCUGAAUUUCUGCCCAUAGGAAACGAGAUACCUGCCUCUGUGUACGAGGCAAAGAAGACUUUGAGUGCAUUGGGAAUGGAUUGCACCAAAAUACACGCUUGCCCGAAUGACUGUAUUCUAUAUAGAAAACAGUAUGCUGAUGAAAUGUGUUGUCCUACAUGUGGUAUUUCUAGGUGGGAAGUCUGCAAAAACAAAAAAGAAAGGGAGGGAGUACCUGCAAAAGUGUUGUGGUACUUUCCACCUAUUCCUAGGUUCAAAAGAAUGUUUCAAUCAAUUAAAACAUCGAAGAGUUUAACUUGGCAUGCCACCAACAGAAACAAGGAUGGCUUAAUUCGGCAUCCUGCAGAUUCUGCGUCUUGGAAGUUGGUAGAUGAUAAAUGGCCAGAUUUUGGUAAUGAGCCACGAAACCUACGGCUUGCAUUGUCAUCAGAUGGGUUCAAUCCCCAUAGUUCCUUAAGUAGCAAGUAUAGUUGUUGGCCCGUUGUUUUGGAAACCUAUAAUCUGCCUCCAUGGUUGGUAAUGAAGAGGAAACACAUGAUGCUGACCUUAUUGAUAUCGGGCCCUAAACAACCGGGAAACGACAUUGAUGUUUACCUUGAACCGUUAAUAGAUGACUUGAAGCUGUUAUGGGAAGGGGUGAAUGGAGUUUACGAUGCCAUUAAGAAUGAAACUUUUACCCUUAGGGCUUUACUAUUCUGGACAAUCAAUGAUUUUCCAGCUUAUGGUAACCUUUCAGGAAGUAUAGUGAAAGGCUAUAAUGCAUGUCCUAUUUGCCUUGAUAAAACAGAACCUACAAGGCUAGUUCAUGGAGGAAAGAUGGCCUACACCAUUCAUCGGCAGUUUUUAGGAAGACACCAUCCUUAUCGAAAGCUAAGGGCUGCUUUCAAUAACCGGCCAGAACAUGCAACAGCUCCAGUGCCGUUGAGUGGAGAAGAAUUGUUGAGGAGGUUGGAGGAGGAAGUUCCACAGUGGCCGCACUGCCUUGAUGUCAUGCACAUUGAAAAAAAUGUGUGUGAUAGUCUAAUAGGGACGUUGUUGAACAUUCCCGGAAAAACCAAGGACGGACUGAAAACUCGUUUGGAUUUGGCGGAAAUGGGUAUAAGGCAAAAGCUGCACCCAAAUCUAGAUGGUCCGAAAAAGAAGCGCUUGCCAUUGGCAAGCUGGAACCUAACAGUAGAUGAGAAAAAAUGUAUGUGUGGAUCAUUUCAUGGCAUGAAGGUUCCUGAAAACUAUUGUUCAAACAUUUCGAGCCUUGUUUCAAUGGAUGAUUUGAGGCUGACCGGACUUAAGUCCUAUGAUUGUCAUGCCUUAAUGCAACAGCUACUCCCAAUUGCUAUCCGAGGGGUGUUGGAAAAACCGGUCAGAGUUGCAGUAAUCAGGCUUUGCCUUUUUUUUAAUGAAAUUUGCAGCAAGACUAUAGAUGCUUCAAGGCUUCCAAAAAUACAAAGUGAUCUGGUCGAAACUUUGUGUGAGCUUGAGAAGUAUUUUCUGCCAUCUUUCUUCGACAUAAUGGUUCAUUUAACAGUCCACUUGGUUAGAGAAGUUGAGCUAUGUGGACCGAUUUGUUUUCGAUGGAUGUACCCUUUCAAAAGGUAUAUGAAGGUGUGCAAGGGCUAUGUUAGAAGUAAAAGGCAUCCGGAAGGGUGCAUUGCUGAGUGUUAUAUAGCUGAAGAGGCGAUUGAGUUCUUAGCUGAACUUCUCCUUGAUGACAAGACUGUUGGCAUCCCAAAAGAAAACUACAUAGUUGACAAGCCUACCUCUGGUGCAACUGUUGAGUCAGUUUAUGGCAAAGAAUUUCAGCAAGCUCAUCUAUGCGUGCUUCAAAACACUGAUGAAUUUAGAAGCUACUUUUUGGAACACACGGAGCAUUUGAAGAGGGAGUUUCCCAAGUACAAAAAGAAUAAAAAAUGGCUGGUGGACAAACAAAACAUGACUUUUGCCCAGUGGGUGAAGGAGAGGGUUGAAUCACAGCUUGCAGAACCAGGUUGUGACAUCCCCGAGAUUGUGAGGUGGCUAGCAGAUGAACCAAGCAAUGAAGUCCCGAAGUUUAGUGGAAAGGUUAUCUAA